AAACUACAUAAUAAUUUUGAAAGAUGUCUAUUAGUGUAUGAUAUUUUUUUAAUUCUUUUUAAAGAAAGUGAUCAAAAUAAUUAAUAAAAAUAGGAAAAUUAAUAAAAUUAUGAAAUAUCACAGCCCAUGUAACUGGCGAAAGGAAACAUGAUCAAUUGGUUCCCGUUAUUUAUACUGUGCCCGACUUGCAAACUAUUUUGCUUUCUAAUACCGUGUGCAACGUUGUUGGGUAUGAUGGCAUUUUACAUGGCUGGUUUAUUUACAUAUUAUUCAGGUGUGGCUUCCAUUAAACUCAAUGCGAUUGUUAAUAACACUUCUUUUUGAAUAUUGGACUACACAAUAUCACCUAGACAACCGCUUAUUUAAAGACGUUGCCACAGUAACAAAAUAACAUUCUCCAAACAGUGAAAUGGCAACUGAUGAAGAAAAGUGUAAAUUAGGCAAAUUAUUACAAGGAUUAGAAGUUCCUGAAGUAAAAUUAACGGAACGAUGCUCUGAUCUUGUAAAGAGCUUCCACCAAAGAUUUGGGGGCGAAGUUGAGGCUGAAAGUCGCCAGGAAUCUGAGGAAAUCAACGAUGGUUUGACUGAGAACCCAUAUAAGGUUGAUCCAAAAUUACUUGAAGAAAAUGAAAAGAAGCUGAAGGAAUUACUGGCUGAAAGUAAAAGAGCAAAGAAAGUCAAUUCCGAGAGCGUGCUGAUGACUUCUGCGGAUCCUAAGAGACCGUGGCGAACAAACUCAAACAAAGAGAAACUGCUCCGUGUGGAUAGCGAGUUGAAGCGACAUGUAGAAAAAUCUUCAGAGAUGAUCGUGCCUUUGCCUGAGAACGAGAUGCAAGAUCUCGUCAAGGCGUGUAGGGAGGAAGGAAACGUAGCACCGGCUGUGGGAUCUAAUCGGCUUAGAGAAACUGUUGAUGCAGCAAAGAAAAAUCUACCACAUUUUCAGUACAAAAAGAUUUAUAAUAGCACGGCUACUUCCAUUAUGCCCCAAGCUCAUGCUGUUCAGUCUCAGCCAGCACAACCUAAGUUAACUCUUACAAAUGAGUGAGUUAUUAUUUAGAAACAAUAAUUGUCGAGUCUUAUUUAUUAAUACAAUUGUUUACCUAC